AGUAAAUAAAACUAAAUAAGCUAUUUUUGACACCGUGAAAAAAACAAUCCAGAAAAAACUGUAUUUUUUCGUAAAUCUUCUGAAAAUCUUUCUGAUUCAGCUUGAGCGAUAGCUUCUAUUCCAUCUACGCUUCACAACAAAACUCCGAGGCAUGUCUGGCAAUCAAGACGCCCCGCCGCUCGCUGAGGCUGAAGUGGGUGAAUCUAAGUCGACAUCGGCUGCUGAUGCGGAGACCGGGUCGGACUCCGAGCGGUCCCCGUCGCCCCCUCUGGGUCCUUUGGCCGCGGCGCUGGCUAAAGGUCCACAGAAGAGUAAAGCGAGCCGAGCCAAGAUCGCGCCUGCCGCGCCGCCGCCGGAGCCUCCGCCGCCGGCCGUCGAAGAGGCCCCCAAAGAACUGAUAGUGGUGGAUGAGAACACCACAGAACUGGACCUCAAUCAUGGAAGAAUCGGGAAAAUUGAGAAUCUAGAACAGCUGAAGAAUUUGGAGAGAUUAUACCUGCGAUGGAAUCUGAUCAAGAAGAUAGAAGGUUUGAGCACUUUGAGUACCUUGGUGGAACUAGAACUCUAUGACAACCAAAUAACUAAGAUUGAAAACCUGGAUGGCCUUGUUAAUUUGGAAAUCCUGGACCUGUCGUUUAACCGCCUCACAGAGAUCUCGGGGCUGGAGAAGCUGCUCAACCUGAAGCGCCUGUUCCUCAGCUCCAACCGGAUCACAGAGAUUAAGAACCUCGGACAUCUGAACAAGCUGGACUUGCUUGAAUUGGGAGAUAACAGAAUCAGGGAAAUCAAGAACCUGGAAACUCUGACAACACUAACACAGUUAUACCUGGGCAAGAACAAAAUAAACCAAAUCAAGAAUCUGGACACACUGGUCAAUCUAGAAAUCCUGGUGCUUCAGAGCAACCGACUCAUCCGCAUCGAGAAUCUAGAAUCUCUUGUGAACCUCACACAGUUGUAUCUCUCUGAGAAUGGGAUAACUGUUAUUGAGAAGCUUGAUAACCAGAAAAACCUCCAGACGCUAGACUUGGCACAGAACAGGAUUAAGGUGAUAGAAAACAUCAAGCACUUGAGUGAACUGGAGGAGCUAUGGAUGAAUGACAACGAAGUAGAGAGCUGGUCCUCCGUCGAAUACCUGACGGACAACAAGAAGCUCAAGACAAUAUACCUGGAGCGCAACCCUCUAGAGCGCAAUGACAACACCGCCUACCGACGGAAGCUCAAGCUGAUCCUGCCUACACUGCAGCAGAUCGACGCCACAUUGUGCAGUCGCGGACCUGCCCGCGCUGGUGCCGCGGCCGCGAGCGCCGCCGCGCCCCAACCUACUGUUUAGCCGCGUCGACUUCACUGAGUAAUGUGUGCUGGGGACUAUUUAAUACUGUGGUGGCUUCAACAUGGAAUGUACGGUCAGCUGCAUAAGUCGUUAUACACUUCUGUACCUUGUCAAACUGACGAACCGUCAAUAUUUCGAUGAAUGCAUGUGCAAUGGUUUCAGAUUGACAAGGUACAAAUGUGUAUAGCUACUUAUGCAGCUGACUGUACAGUGCGACAAACUUAUCUGUUCCGGUGAGAGCGGACUAAAUUGAUCCAUAUCUCAUAACUUACUAAUGAAUUAUAUUUUGAAUUUUUGAUAUACUUAAGUAGAUUAGAUGGGUUUAUUAAAACCGCAAAGGCGAUUCACCACUACGGGCAAGCUUGAAAUCUUAAAUAAUGAAGAAAUAUUAGACAAUUACGUGAGCUCUCACCGGAACAGAUAAGUUUGUGGCACUGUAUACUGUGGUAGGGAUUUUAACAAGCAUUGUAUACUAUGGUAGGGACUUUCACAAGUACCUAUUUAUACUGUUGUGGGGACUUGAACAGUAUAUUACACCAUGAUGGGUAUUGUAGACGAAGAUGCAGUUCUGAUAGUAGAUUUUUAACUUGAAGAUUGAGCUGUAGAUUUAUAAAGUGACUAUUCCUAGUGUAGACUAGGAAUGCUAGUGUAAACCUGAAAGUGACUGAUAGGUAAAAUUGUUUAUAUCCUAGAUAGAUUUAAUUUCAAGUGGCAGGCACCUAUUGAAUAUUUAUUAUAAUGUUACUUAUU